UGGACUUCCUGCCAACAUGGCGGCAGUAACUUGAAGAAUUCCUGCAUUUCUCCUCGUCCGAAUUUUCGUUUUUCUUCUCUUAUUUGAAUCGGGAGGCGGAAACUUCCUGUCAGAAUAGUUAGAAUGGCUGCUCAUGAAGAUUUGUUCCAGCUUUGGAUGCUGUUCACGUGCAAGAAUGACGACAGGUUCUUCCGACAGUACAUAGAUGCCUUUGUGACACAAUAUGGCGAUCUCAUUGACUUGGAAUUCAAGCAACCUAAAGAGGGAGUCCAGGCAUCUGGGCCGCACCUGACACGGCUGCCUGACAGCCUGCUCCAGGUGCUGUCCAGACAGCUGCUGCAGGCCAGGGACCAGUGUACGCAGCAGGUUACUGCAGAAACGGUGCAGUAUGCUGAAACCCUCACCAAGUGUCUCAUCAUUAUAUGUAGGAACCAUGACAAUGUGGACCUGGUGGCCUCCUGUUCCUAUGUGGGCUACAUCAUCACUAUUGCUGCAGAACUGGUGCAAGAGUUUACCCAGAGGAACAUUGCACAGAGUGGUGAGAUCGCCUGUUUUGAGACAUUUCUCCACCACGCUAUCCACUUCUGUGAGUGCCUGUAUGAUCCCUACCACAACUGGAGACAUGAAUUACUAGGAAUGAAAGUUGAUAUUUCCAGGCAGAAGUUUAGACCAGCUCUUCUUAAUGUAGAAGUUAUUCCAUUCUUCUAUGACUGCCUGCACAGAUACGAGUCUUGCCUGAGUAUUGAGAUCAAAUCUCGCCUGCUGCAUAUGUUUGGUGCAAUUAUGGCUGGGUCACAGAAUUUGAUUUGGCAAGCUUAUUUUACAGGCAAGCUGGAGAACAAUGCCUUGUUGGCAGUCUCUCCCGCAUCUCUGGAGGUCUUGUUCACCAUCCUGUCGUCAGGCAGCCCCGCCUGGCAACCAGAGGGCGAUGACCUGGAGUUCACUGACCUGGCCUUGAAGUGCCUGGUGAAGAUGGUACACACUGUCCAUGCCUCAAGCCCUGAGCAGAGACAAGUGGAAGUCAGUUCCAUUCUUGAAGGCUUCUUACAACUUCUUAACAAAGGGUCACAAACUGAAGACAAACCGGCUGCUGGGAAGACAGACAAAGAAGUGGAACUACAGACCAAAAUGUUAGUUAUCAUCCCAGCCAUGUUGGAUUGCCGUGACCGGGCAGCACUGCAGGCCAUCUUCCUGGGGGCCAACUGUUUCGAGAACCUCAUGCUGCUGCUGAAAAAUGUUAAGGUAACCAAAGACACUGCCAGUGCUUUCCAAACUGCCUUUAUUGAAGCUGUGGCGGCCAUCUUAGCUGGGUCAUCAGCUGCAAAGGAAACCUUUAAGGAGUUUAUCGGGUAUGAUGAGCUGCUGGAACACCUAAGAAAGUUUGGCCAGCCAACAGAGAAGCUGCUGCACCAGUUUCUUGGCAUGAUGGUUGAAGGGGAGUUCAAACCUGGCACACCUCAGCAUAUACACAACACCAAGGCUGUUGCUCUCCUCAUCCAAUGGGUGCCUGAGCUGCAGUCACAUGACCUCCAAAUAUGGCUGACUGACAGCUUGAGGAAAGUCUGCUCCUCCAGUUUUGAGAACAAGGCCCACUGCUGCAGGGAUGGAGUCAUUUCAGGAAUACUGACAGUUUUAGGACAGGAAAGAAGAGUCAACAAGGAGGCUAUCAUGCACCUAUUGAGUCUACUGGAAUGUCUGGGCAGUCAUUCCAUCUCUCCCAUGGAACUGAAACAUCUGGUAAUGCUGAUGAGGGACACAGUCACUGGGGAACAGAUGUCAUACACUCAAGAGGUAAUCCAGGCCAUGUGUACGAUGGCAAGGAAAGAGACCAAUAGAGAAGCUCUUCACUACUUUGACCUGCAACAUAGGACAUCUGGUAUUACUGUACCUUGCAUCAACAAAUGGCCUGGCAGUGGCUUCUCGUUACAUGCCUGGGUGCGUAUGGACAAUGCUGAUACAGAAGAGCUCAAUAUGAGUGGGGGCAAGCAGAGAAGACAGUUGUACAGCUUCUGCACAGACAAUGGUACUGGAUUUGAGGGUUUCUUCACCAAUGAAGGCAGCCUGGUGAUUGCUGUGUGCUACAAGAAGGACUACCUGACAGCACAAGUGGAUAGAAUCUACUUCACUGACUCCAACUGGCACUGUGUGGAUGUGGUCCAUGCAGGUUCCCGGCGACCUUUCACCCAGAGCCAGCUGUCUGUGUUUGUGGAUGGACAGCUGAGGAUAAAUGCACAGCUCAAGUUUCCUUCUACUUCAGAGCCCUUCACAUGUUGCCAAAUCGGCUCUUCUACCCAGAGGACCAACUCCCAGCAGAAACCGCUGAACUCCAGGACAGCUCCUUCCCGGGGUCCCUCCCCCCCCUUCUCCUUCCCAGGGUCCCUAGUGCCCUCCUCACAAUCCCAGAACCCCUCAGUGUCCAGUAUAGAAGCAGGGAACCAGGACAGUCUGUGGGGUUUCCCUACAUCCUUGCAGGGGCAGCUGGGGUCAGUUUGUGUGUUCUACGAUGCUCUGCAGCCUUCACAGGUCAAAGGGCUCUUCAUGGCAGGUCCAAAUAAUCUAGCAUUGUUUCAUCAUGAGGAUUCAGAUAUAACUCAACUGGCAGACAAGCUAGUUCUGUAUUAUACAGCAAAGGCCUGUAAAGACUAUGUGUGCAUUGACCUGUCUGGCAAUGGUCUGGAUGGGAGGCUAACAGGACACCAGUGUACCACAUGGGACUUAAAGGCUUCCAUCAAGUGUAUAGGAGGGAUCCAAGUGUUAUUUCCAGUGUUGGAACAAAUUAAAGCAUCAGCCAAUCAUAUGAGAAGAGUGUCUCAUGAACCAGCCAAUGGGAGCACAGAUACGUUAGGUGUCACCAUGGCCGAUGCCCAGGAUGUUGAUGAUUGGGUGAUGGUACCACAGAAAGUAACCUCUGAUGCCCAGUUGGAACAGAACCCUGUGUCUGCGUUCCUGACCUUGCUGAGGCUGAUGUUACAUGGACAGGUUCACAACCAGGAGGAACUACUGCAGUCAGGAGGGGUGGCCACAGUCGGGGCACUACUGCAAAAGGUGAAACCAGAACUAAUAGAUGUCCAUGUACUGAUGGCUAUCCAGCUGUUUGUUGAGAUGGUGGCCUCCUCCUACCCAGACCUACUGCAGGCCUGCUACAAAUACGUCCUGUUUGAGUUCAGAAUUUGGAGUAGGAGUGAAUUCCCUGUCAGAAUAGGCCACAUCCAAUACCUGUCCACUAUUAUAAAGGACCAGAGGAAGUGGUUCAGGAAGAAAUAUGGAGUCCGAUUCAUGCUGGACAUUUGCAGAACAUUCUAUGGAAGUGCUGUAGAGGGUUUGACAGAGGAUGAUAUAAAAACAAUCAGAGCCUCUCUCCUGGGACUGGUGAAGUACUACGUGUCAAAGGGCAUCAACCAGGAGGAGAUGUCAGCCAUCGUCAGUUACAUCUGUGCGCUGCACGACGAGUGUCAGCUGUGUGAGGUGCUGGACAUGUUGAUCUCCCUACUGGAGGGACCAGGCAGAGACCAACUGUACCUGCUGUUAUAUGAACCUAAGGGAGCUGAGCUGCUGUAUGCCCUGCUGGUACAGGAACAGUACACAGACACUGUCAGGAAGAGGGUUUGUAAGGUAUUCUCUCAACUUCUGAAGUUCGACAAAGUCUACGAGGCCAGUAAGCUCCGUCUGCGGCUUCUGAGGCCAGAUUACGAGGCCUUUGCUGGCCUGACGAUGUACAUGAGAAAUGUUGUGCUGUCUAGUGACGUGUCAAGAAACCUGUUGGAUAUCGUGCUGGCAAAUGAGUCUGUUGGUGGAUACAAUGCCAUGCUGUCCAUCUUCCAACUGCUGCACAAGACAGAUACGACCAUCAAAUUGGAGGCAGCGAGAGAGCUUCUACAAGUGCUGUACACCAGAGCCAGCGCCCCUUCCAUGUGUGCCAAACAGAUUGGUUGGCAGGAGACUCUUGUCAAAUUCCUUAUAAAAGACACCCUUGCAGACAUCACCCCACAGACACGGCCACUGACCCUUGAUCUGGACACUCCAUCCAAAACCUCAGAUGACUCCACAAAAGAGUUGGACUUCCUUCAACUCCCAAACAACUCAAAUGGAAACGGAAUCCCCAUAACUCCUGCUGGGUCUCCAUGGAGAGACGAAAGCUUCUUGCCAGAAUCGUUUCCAUCUUCGCCCCUGCCUUCGCCCGUGGACACGUUUCCUUCGUCAAUGAGUCAUCUGUCGCCAAACGUAUCUUCAACAAAUUUAUCCUCAAGCACAAGUGGUAUCAGUAUAUCUGACAUGUCCAAUGUGACAGGAUUCACUACAACAGAGGAUGAAUUCAGUAACAGUGAUGCAGACAGACUAACGGAACAGUUUGAUGAAAGUGAUGCAAGCAGAUCCGAAAGUCAGUUUUCCUUGGAUUUGUUGGAAUCUCCAAAUAUGGAAGGCUGGUCGACUGGUGGGAAUACAUCGUGCAACCAGAGUACAACAAGUUUUGCCGACAGCGGCGUGACGUCAAGCGACACUAGCCAAUGGACAAUAGGGGUUCCAUCAAGUCCCAGUAGGGUUAGUGUGGCAGAUAGCGCCAACUCAGUUGUUCUAACAGAAGAUGAGAUGCAGGAGGAGUUGUGUGAUGUCGUCCUGAACGCCAUCUUCUCUAUCCUGUGGAGAGGCAUGGACGGAUCUGACAACAAGGCUUGGAAGGAGAAAGCUCAAGUGUUCACAUGUUUGGACAAGGCUGCUGAGACCCAUGAGCUGAUCCACCCUCCAUAUCAACUAAAGAGGCAACUACUAGAGCUGGGACUUCAGGCUUCUAUAUCAGAUGUCAAGGAAGCUGCAGGCACAGGAUGGUGGGGGAGUCAGAUGGGUCGCCCCAAUACAAGUCGACUUAGAAAAAGGCUCCAAAGACCUGCCAGCUAUUCGUACCUUGAGAAUGCCAUGGAGCUAAUGAAACUGGUGCAGGACUUCCUUAUUAACCACAGUGAGAUGGGAGCAGACGCAUGGAGUGAAAAGAUGGUGGAGGGAGUGAUGGGACUGCUGGACACCCUGGCAGUGUGGGAGCCCAUCCCUGGGGACAGUGAGUGGGAGGACAUGGCACAGAUCGGCAUCAGACUUCUGCUGGGCUUCGCUGGACAGGACAAUAAUGAUGUCUGUGCCACUGCCUCAGCCAAGCUGCACACCCUGCUACAUUCCCGCCCUCUGCACUCCACUGAGGAAGCCUGCUACAUCCUAGGGGCUCUGGACCAGGCCAUGAUCAAAUCCAUAGAAAACCACAGUGAUGCUUACUCAUUCCUGAUCCCCCUGGUGCGAGCCCUGCUGGACAAGUGUUAUGAGGAGCUGGGCAUGAAGCAAUACCUCCCCAACCUGCCCGCCAGGGAGAACAGCCCAAGCUUCUUCGAGGACUUCCAGCAAUAUUCUCAGUCUAAGGAGUGGAGGGGCUUCAUAGGAAAACAGGUUUUACCCAGAAUGCAGCAGUAUGAGGUGGACCACUACGGUGCCUUUGGUGCAAAGAUGUUCCACUUCUGGAAGGCGUGUCACGACGGGAUGAUGAUGAACAUCCACAACAGGGACAGGGAGAAGGGAGAGAGCAAGCUCAGGUUUGAGAGACAAAUCGUGGAUGUGUACAACAAGAAGGCAGCAGAUGAACAUGCCAGGUACAGGGUUGUGCUGAAGCGCCUUAGAAACCAACACUCCGCUGCUCUUGCCCAAUGGAGAGCCAACAAGAGGUUCUUCACAGGGGAACGUGGUCCUUGGACUGACAGACCACCCCUGGACCCUGCAGCUGACACUUCUACAAGGGAAGGUUCUAAACUGGGCUGGAACCCAAACACCAUGCAUUGGAAGCUGUGUCCUCUGGAAAACUUCUCCCGUAUGCGGCCCAAACUCAUGCCCAACUACAACUUUGACUGUCAUACUGAGGCUAGCAUGCUCAGAGAUAACCAGGGCCUGUCAGUGUCCACGCCUGGGAAAGACCCUCUGCUGGCGGUCACUAAAGAAGCUCUGGUCCAGAUCAUGGAGGAGGACAAACUGGGAGACGAGGACUGGAACGAGCUCAGCACUAACAUAACCCAGCCCAGUGAGGCUGCCCAGAAGGAGAAGCAGAAACUGCAGGCAGAGUGCAGUCUGGUAACCAUCAUGAACGUGCUGGGGGGGAGACUAGAGAUCACCAACUCACAUGUCUACUUCUAUGACUGUAGCCCCAACAAGGAGGAAGGAUUAGGGCAGGACUUUAAGUGGUCAGUGUCUCAGCUACGAGAGGUACAUCUGAGGAGAUACAACUUGAGGAGAUCGGCCAUUGAGCUAUUCCUAGUGGACCAAACCAACUACUUCUUAAACUUUGCAGACAACAAGCUGCGGAACAAAGUGUACAGCCGUAUCCUGAGCUUACGUCCUCCCAACCUGCGGUACUACGGGUCCAGGUCACCAGCAGACCUGCUCAGAGCUUCAGGACUGGUGCAGAAAUGGGUACAGCGGGAGAUGUCCAACUUCGACUAUCUCAUGCAGCUGAACACCAUUGCGGGCAGGACGUACAACGACUUGAGCCAGUAUCCCGUGUUUCCCUGGGUCCUGUGUGACUACACUUCCGAAACGCUUGACCUCGACGACCCCAAGAUAUUCCGUGACCUUUCCAAACCCAUCGGAGUUAUCAACCCGAAGAACGAGAGAGAAGUACGGGAGAAAUACGAGAGUUUUGAGGACCCGUCGGGGACCAUUGCAAAGUUUCACUACGGUACACACUACUCUAAUGCUGCAGGGGUGAUGCAUUAUCUACUGCGAAUGGAGCCCUUUGCCACGCUACAUAUACAGCUCCAGAGUGGAAAGUUUGACUGUGCAGACAGACAGUUCCACUCCAUCCCCUCCACCUGGCAGUCGUUAAUGGACAGUCCCAACGACGUCAAGGAGGUCAUUCCUGAGUUCUUCUACCUCCCAGAGUUCCUGGAGAACAGCAAUGGGUUUAAUCUUGGCAAACUGCAGGGCGUUAAGACUGCAGUGAACAAUGUUCUCCUCCCCAACUGGGCAGACUCUCCUGAGGACUUCAUCAUCAAACAUAGGCAGGCACUGGAAUCUGAGCAUGUGUCUGCCCACCUCCAUGAGUGGAUAGACCUGAUCUUUGGGUACAAGCAGAAGGGACCAGCAGCAGCAGAGGCCCUGAACGUGUUCUACUACUGCACAUAUGAAGGAGCUGUAGAUUUAGAUGCCAUCACCAACCCUACAGAGAGAGCAGCAGUGGAGGGCAUGAUAAACAACUUUGGACAGACACCAUGUCAGCUGCUCAAGGAUCCCCACCCAAAGAGGAUGACUUUUGAGGAGGCUGAGAAGUACAAAGCCUCCAAGUCACAACACCUGACUCUUAAUGUCUUUGACUACCUCUCACAGCUCAAGGCAUUCUUUGUAGAGGUAUCCAAUGACAAUGAUCCGCUGGUUCACAUCUCAGUCCCCAGGAGUCAGGCCAGGUCGUUCAUACACCACGGCAUGCCAGACGCCAUGGGGUUUGUGUAUGAGGGCCUGUCAGAAGAUAUGGUGACCAUCUCAGAACGAGGUGUUGUUGGAAUCCAUGGCUGGCUGCCGUAUGACAAAAACAUCUCCAACUACUUUACAUUCGAGAAGGACCCAACAAUCACUCACAGAAGUAGAAGAUGCACUGCAGGACCGUUCUCACCGGGCCAUCCUAUAACCUCCGACCUCUUUGUGGUAUCCCAUGAUGCCAAGCUGCUGUUCAGCGGAGGACACUGGGAUAACAGUCUGCGAGUGAUGACCUUGGCCAAGAGCAAGUUCACCGCGAGAGUCACCAGACAUAAUGACAUUGUUACAUGCCUGGCCCUGGACAACUGUGGGAACCACCUGAUCUCCGGCUCCAGAGACACCACCUGUAUGAUAUGGCAGAUCAUGCACCAGAGUAAGAUAAACCAGCAGAGUCUGGCAGGGAAAUCUGUGAAAGGUGGAGCCAUGAAAAAUGGUGUGUCCCAGGGUAUAUCUGGCAGGCCCCUACAUGUACUGUACGGUCAUGAUGACGAGGUGACAGCAGUAGGGAUCACCAUAGAGCUGGACAUGGCUGUGUCAGCUUCCAAGGACGGCACCUGUAACAUGUACACAGUUCGGAAGGGCCACUAUAUGCGCACCCUGCGGCCCCCCUGUACCAACCCCUCCCGACUCACCCUGCCCAGACUGGCCCUGUCAGAGGAGGGUCACGUGGUCCUGUACGCCAGGGAGCAGCUGGGCAGGGUCACCAAUGAGAGCACCCACUCUAUGCACCUGUACUCCAUCAAUGGGAAGCUGCUGUCCUCUGAGAACCUGCCUGACUCCCUGGUGGACAUGGCCACCUCCAUGGAGUUUGUGGUGACGGGGGAUGAGAAAGGGGUGCUGACUGUGCGAGAGUUAUCCAGUCUGAAGCAGUUGACCAGCAUGCCCCUCCACAAGCAGAUCUCCUGCAUCUUCGUCACCCCCGGCAACAGCCACAUCAUGGCGGGUCUGGAGGACGGGAAGCUCAUCAUCAUCGGCGUGGCGCGCCCGGCCGAGGUCCGACAGACAGCGGGGAUUCUGAAGAGCAUGAUCCAAGCUCCAUCCAGUAUCAAGAUGUCAUAGCAAAGUUUAACCCUUUUAUUACUGUAUCCCAUUUGUAAGGACCUGUUGUCUGACCAGUUGUAGCUUUGGAGGGUUCAAACAGACAAGGAUGGAAAUGGUACUCUGCUAUUUUGUCUGGUUUGGCUCAGAACAAACUUUGCUGACAACUGUACUCUCUGACAAAAUAGUAUGUAAGUACUUGUAUUUGGUGCCAUGGCAGUGGAAUAUAUAAUCUUAGCAAGAAGGUUAUAUGAAUUCAUAUAAUCCCCUUGUUCUUAAUAUUCAAAAUAGUACCAUAAUCAUUUACGGGGGUACUUCUGAAAUAGGAAAAUCUAAUCAAAACAAUGUGCAUAUUAAAUUGAAGAACUAAUGUGUGAUAUCUUAAUGACAAUCAAGUGUAAAAAGUUUUAUCUAGUAUUUAAGGUGAAGGCAUAGAUAGAGAAAAAUAUUGAACAAUUAUUUGAUAACAUUGAAUAAAGAUACAGUCAUGUACAAUAGCUAGGCACUCAGCAACAAAAUAAGAGCCUUACACAAUGCAAAUUGAACAGAAGAUUAAUAUUGAUUUUAACAUUGCUUGAUUAACUGCUGCUGUGUUAUAUUGUAAAAAAAGUAACACUUAAGGAAAAAAAUUCAUACCAAUCAUUAACCAUAAUUUUCUUUAUACUCAAAGAAUUCAAGACACACAAAAAAA